UCGAAGGUGCUCCUGCCCUACCACCUCACAAAAGAGCAGCAGAAGCUCGUCUACAAAGCCGACAACAAGGCGAAACUGGAGGCCGAACCCGUAGAAAUCACUCUCGGCGAUGUAACUUUACCGCUUGAACACCUUGAUCGCAACCACCUACCCAACCGCUGGAAACACCUCAAGGGAAUCGUGCAGAAGAGCGAGACAAGAGAGGACUACGAAAAUGUGGUCCGCAUACUGGAAGGCUUCGAGAAUGCGAAAAUCCGCGUAAAACCCCAAUGGCGCGAAUUCAUCGUCCGACACCUUAACCUCUCUGGAAAUCAGCACCUUGUUCUCAAGGCGCUACAACGGGCCAAAGCCACAGGCCUGCGGCUCAGCGAUCAUGGUGUGCUAGUGCAGGUGAUAAAGGGCGUGCACGAUAAAGCCGCCCUGGCGGAUUGGGAGCAAGAAGAGACCACCAAGGCGCUGCGGCUGGCGAAACAGCUUGUAGAGUUGAUGGACGACGAGGAGCAUUGUGGGGGACAAGGGAGGGGCGAGAUGGUGAGCGAGAGGGAUUGGAGGAGUAAGCCCAGCGUUAUUGCGCUGCCGACCGAAAUGGCUGCGCGCCUGGCCGAAAGACACGGUGGAGAUGUCGAAGAAGUGAAGAAGUUGGCGAAUCGGUUGGCGACUGCGUUGAAGCAGGAUCAAUUCACUGACGAGCUCGAUUCCAUAGCACAGCGCUCCUCGAAAACCUCCUCCGACUUCACUAAUGGGGCCCGCCAACAAGACUUUGUAACAACACAAUGCUACGAUCUGCUCCAGCUCAUCUUCAUCUGGAAUGCGCUGAAAACGUCUCGCAAGGUACUCGGCAAUGAAAUGCCUAUGGCUCAAGAAACAUUGGAGGUGGAGUCUAGCGUACAGCAAGUGUUGAAGGAGGGCGUGGAGGUGGUGAAUAAGUUAAGGAUGAGAGAUGGGAAGACGAUGGUCAACGGACAAGUCAGCUAUGUCACAAAUGCGCUGGAAAGGUGUCAGUAA